ACUAAGAUUGACCUUGUAUCUGAUGUAGGACCUCCACCGGACAGGGUGUAGUAUGUUUGGUGGAGAAGAAGCCGAGAUAAACCAGGCACUACUGAAGCGUGUCUUACUGGCGUAUGCACGUUGGAACAAGGCAGUCGGCUAUUGUCAAGGGUUCAACAUGUUGGCGGCCAUUAUUCUGGAGGUCAUGGAAUGGAGAGAAGAGGACGCCCUCAAGGUCAUGAUAUUUCUCAUAGAGGGCGUUCUUCCAGAAGGCUAUUUUGCGAAUCACCUGAGAGGACUUUCCGUGGAUAUGGCUGUAAUUAGAGAUCUACUGCGCAUGCGCUUAAUUUGUCUCUCGCGCCAUUUGGAUAAGCUACAGGCAGAAGCAAGAGACAGUUCUACAGGGGCCAGUUAUGAACCACCACUGACCAAUGUGUUCACCAUGCAGUGGUUUCUCACGCUCUUCUCCACCUGUCUGCCAAAAUCCACUGUUUUACAGGUGUGGGACCUCAUAUUCCUGGAAGGAAACGAAAUUCUUCUUCGAACUGCCCUGGCAAUAUGGGACGGAUUAGCAGAGUAG